AUGGAAUCCGAUGAAGAAAUAGAACAGCAGGUACUCUACUUUAACACGAUUCCAAUCCAUGCUGAAACUAUCCAACGCCUGCAUCCACGUCGCAAAGUAUAUCGCCUGAAAUUCAAAACAUGCCAGGAUUUACACGGUCUUCCGACCGUUGUAAUCGUCAAAACAAUGAAAGAAAAUUGGCACGAUGAAUUUAAACAGGAGAUAGAAGUCUAUGAGAGACUGAAAAGCCUACAAGGCCGGGUCAUUCCCACUUUUUUCGGCCAAGGGGUUUUCAACGACAGUCCUGCCAUCAUCCUUUCCGAGGUGGUCGGGAAAACACUUCAUGAAAUUGCUUAUAGCGAGGUUCCUAUUUCUGUGGAGGAGAUUCGAUGUCAGCUUGCGAAAGCCAUGCAUCUUAUACAUUCGCAUGGCGCGGAAUACUGGGACCAGCGACUGGACAACUUCUUACUGUGCAACACGGGCGAGAUCAUGAUUGUUGAUUUGGAACAAGUGGUGUUCCCGCCGAAACCUCAGGAUUGGGAGAGGAGUGUUAAUCAUGGGGGGGGUGCGCUGUCUAAUAUAUCUAAUUGA